AACCACACUCAACCAAUCCUACUCCGCUCAACUCUCUGGAGAUAUUCACAUGCGCAUUGCAUAUCUCUAGAAUCCUGAUCAAAGAAGGUGAUACUGAAUUAGUUGAAGGAAAAAGGAUAUGAGCAGUUCGGUAGGGCACGGUUUGCUUCGGCCAACUGUUUUGGAGCAUCAAAUCAAAACAAAUUCUAAUGGCAUUGGUGGAAAUACCGUACUUCAAGCUCAAGCGAAUUCUCAGAUACGGAGGUUUUCUUCUUCUUUGUCCUUAUCGUCAUCUUCGCCCUCUUUAUUAUCUAGCGAUUUCCGUGGUCAGAGAGUGACUGUGCGGAAAUUGACGUUACCCAUAAAUCGUGUAAUUUCUGAUCUUCCUCAAGCUGUUUUAGCCACCGAUCCAGCUUCUCAGCAGCUGGGAGGGAAGUUCAUACUGGAAGGAAAUAUUGAGAUGCAGGUCAACGUUAAAGUUUCUUCUGUUGCACUAAUAGAGAUUCAGAUUACUAAUAGCAUUGAUCAUCUAUAUUUACAUUGGGGUGGCAUGCAGAAUAGAAAAGAAGAGUGGGUACUUCCCAGCCGUCAUCCUGAAGGGACUAAAGUGUAUAACAACGAGGCUCUUAGAACCCCCUUUGUGAAAUCUGGUUCUGAUUCCUUUCUGAAAGUAGAGAUUGAUGAUCCUGCAAUUGAAGCUAUACAGUUUUUAAUAGUAGAUGAAAGACAUAAUAGAUGGUACAAAGAUAAUGGUCAAAACUUUUAUGUAAAGUUGCCUUUGAGAGAGAAGCCAGUUUCUGAUGUUGGAGUUCCUGAAGACCUUGUACAAAUUCAAGCAUAUCUGAGAUGGGAGAGAAAUGGGAAACAAACCUAUACCCCUGAACAAGAAAAGAAAGAAUUUGAAGAAGCAAGAAAAGAGUUGCAGAGGGAACUAGAAAAGGGUAGUUCUGUUGCUGACAUAAGGAACAAAACUACCAAAGGAGACGUGCAAAAAAAAGUUCAAAAGCAGCAGGGGAAAAAAUUUUACUUCACUCCUGAAAGAAUUAACCGUAAAAAGAGGGAUAUAACACAACUUCUCAAGAAACCAACUCCAGUAACUCUGAAGUCUAUGGAGGAAAAAAACACCAUAAAACCAAAAACUUUAUCAGCACUACAACUUUUCUCUAAAGACAUAGAAGAACAAAGUGACACUGAUGUCCUGAACAAAAAGACAUAUAGACUUUAUGAUAAAGAGCUUCUGGUACUUGUAACAAAAGGUUCAGGUAAGACUAGAGUUCAUUUGGCAACAGACAUGGAGGGGCCUCUCAUUCUUCACUGGGCAUUGUCAGAGAGAACUGGGGAGUGGCUGAAACCACCUGUGAAUUUGUUACCAGAAGGUUCCAUUUCUUUAGAAAAGGCUGCUGAAACACAAUUUUCUACAAUCUCUGUUGAUGAUCCCAGUAACAAGAUACAGACGUUAGGAUUAGAAAUUGAAGAAGGUACUUUUGUGGGGAUGCCAUUUGUUCUUCGUCAUGGUGAAAAUUGGGUAAAGAAUAGUGAUUCAGACUUUUAUGUUGAUUUCACUGGGCCCAUGAGAGCAAUAAAGGAUGCUGGUGAUGGGAAGGGUACAGCCAAGGACUUGUUGGACAAAAUAGCAUCACUGGAAAGUGAGGCAGAAAAAUCUUUUAUGCACAGAUUCAAUAUUGCAGCAGGUCUGAUGGAAGAAGCCAAGGAUGCUGAUGAGUUAGGCUUUGCAGGCAUUCUUGUUUGGAUGCGGUUUAUGGCCACAAGACAACUUAUUUGGAAUAAAAACUACUGCGUAAAGCCACGUGAGAUAAGCCAAGCUCAGGAUCGGCUUGUGGACUUGCUUCAAAAUGUUUAUAAAAGUUAUCCACAAUAUAGUGAACUUCUUCGUAUGAUCAUGUCAACUGUUGGACGUGGAGGUGAAGGGGAUGUUGGUCAACGCAUCCGUGAUGAAAUCCUUGUUGUCCAGAAAAAGAAUAACUGCAAGGGAGGAAUGAUGGAGGAAUGGCAUCAAAAGUUGCAUAACAACACAAGCCCUGAUGACGUAAUCAUCUGUCAGGCACUAAUUGAUUAUAUCAAAAGUGACAUGGACAUUAGUGUAUACUGGAACACAUUGAAUUCAAAUGGAAUAACAAAAGAACGACUUUUAAGUUAUGAUCGAGCCAUUCACAAUGAGCCAAAAUUCACAAGCGACCAAAAGGAGGGCCUUUUACGUGAUCUUGGAAACUACAUGAGAACCUUAAAGGCAGUUCAUUCUGGUGCUGAUCUUGAGUCUGCAAUUUCAAACUGCAUGGGCUAUAGAUCUGAGGGAAAAGGCUUCAUGGUUGGCGUGAAAAUAAAUCCGAUUUCUGGCUUGCCAUCUGGUUUUCCGGAAUUACUUCAAUUUGUCCUGGAGCAUGUCGAAGAUAAGAACGUGGAACCCCUUCUUGAGGGACUGCUAGAAGCACGUGCAGAACUUAAGCCGCUACUUUCUACAUCAAAUGAUCGUCUCAAGGAUCUUCUUUUUAUGGACAUUGCCCUUGAUUCUACUGUAAGAACAGCCAUUGAAAGAAGCUAUGAAGAGUUAAAGAACGCCAAACCAGAGAAAAUUAUGUAUCUUGUCACUCUUCUUCUUGAGAACCUCAUACUUUCAUCAGACAACAACGAAGAUCUUAUCUAUUGCUGGAAGGGAUGGGAUCGAGCACUAACCAUGUUGAAAAAUGGAGACAAUGAUUGGGCUUUAUUUGCAAAAUCAGUCCUUGAUAGAACUCGACUUGCACUUGCUAGCAAAGGAGAGUUGUACCAUCAACUUUUUCAACCUUCUGCUGAGUACCUCGGAGCACUCCUUGGAUUAGACCAAUGGGCUGUCAGCAUUUUCACUGAAGAAAUGAUCCGUUCAGGAUCAGCUGCUUCUUUAUCAUCACUCGUGAAUCGACUCGACCCUAUUCUCCGUAGUGUUGCUAAUUUAGGGAGCUGGCAGGUUAUCAGCCCAGUUGAAGCAGUUGGAUACAUUGUAGUGGUAGAUGAAUUACUUUCUGUUCAAAACAAAUCUUAUGAAAAGCCAACUAUUUUAGUUGCAAAAACUGUAAGUGGAGAAGAGGAAAUACCAGAUGGGACAGUUGCUGUACUCACACCCGACAUGCCAGAUGUCCUGUCUCAUGUUUCUGUUCGAGCAAGAAACAGUAAAGUUUGCUUUGCAACAUGUUUUGAUACCGAUAUUUUAAAUGAUCUUCGAGCACAAGAAGGGAAAUUAUUGAGCCUAAAACCUACAUCAGCAGAUAUUACUUACAGUGAGGUGAAAGAGGAGGAUGUGACACGAUUAAACAACUUGGAAGAAGUGGAUUCAUCACCAACUAUAAAGUUAGUUAAAAAGCAGUUUAAUGGUAGUUAUGCCAUAUCAUCAGACGAAUUCACCAGUGAGAUGGUUGGAGCUAAAUCACUUAAUAUUGCAUACCUCAAAGGGAAAGUCCCAUCUUGGGUUGGCAUUCCUACCUCGGUGGCACUACCUUUUGGAGUUUUCGAGAAAGUUCUUUCUGAUGAUUUAAAUCAGGGAGUGUCAGAAAAACUACAAAUUUUAAGCAAACAAUUAGGAGCAGGAGAAUCUGAUGUCCUUGGGGAGAUACGCAAAACUGUUUUGGAUCUUGCUGCACCACCCCAGCUGGUACAAGAACUGAAAGAUAAAAUGAAAAAUUCUGAAAUGCCAUGGCCUGGUGAUGAAGGUGAAAAGAGAUGGGAACAAGCAUGGAUGGCUAUAAAGAAGGUUUGGGGUUCAAAAUGGAAUGAGAGAGCUUACUUCAGUACAAAAAAAGUCAAACUAGAUCAUGAUUUCCUAUGCAUGGCUGUCCUUGUCCAAGAAAUAAUAAACGCUGAUUACGCGUUUGUCAUUCAUACCACAAAUCCAUCCUCUGGAGAUUCUUCAGAGAUAUACGCUGAGGUUGUAAAGGGACUUGGAGAGACUUUGGUAGGAGCUUACCCAGGUCGUGCUUUGAGUUUCAUUUCCAAGAAAGACAAUCUCGACUCACCCAAGAUACUUGGUCACCCUAGCAAACCCAUUGGCCUUUUCAUAAGGAGAUCCAUUAUCUUUCGAUCCGACUCCAAUGGUGAAGAUCUAGAAGGCUAUGCUGGCGCAGGACUUUAUGAUAGCUUUCGACAACAUCACGAUGUGCCAAUGGAUGAAGAAGACAAGGUUAUUCUUGAUUAUUCGUGUGACCCAUUGAUUGUUGAUGUUGACUUCCGGAAGUCAAUACUCUCAAGUAUUGCUCGUGCGGGAGAUGCCAUUGAAAAGUUAUAUGGAAGUCCUCAAGACAUUGAAGGUGUAGUGCGCAAUGGAAAAAUAUAUGUUGUCCAAACAAGACCACAAAUGUGAAUCAUGUGAUCCUUGUGUAUAGCACCAUAGCAUACAAGUAAAGACAAUUUUAUAUAUUCAUACCACAUAAAACUGAUUAAAUUAGAAGCGUGGAAUGUUUUGGAAUGCGAUUAAAUUUGUUGUAACAAGAAUUUGAUAUAAUAAUGGUC